AUGGCGGCCCAUCACGAACCAGGGCGGCCCGAGCAGGGCCUCACCCCUUGGCCAAUGUCGGACCCGUGGACUGCCUGCUCCCAAGGUGGCACCGGCAAUCCCCAAGACGGCGUGAUACGCCAGGGCAGCCCAUUGCCACGAACAGUUGCUUCCGACGUGGAUCCCAGAGACCUUCCCGACCGGAUCCUCAACACGCGCCCCAACGCCGUCUUCAACAAGCUGACGUCGUGGCCUCUGAGCCCCAAACUGAGGCGUGACAAGUCCCAGAUCAAGGAGUAUAGGAACAUGGAGCUGCACAUUCUCCACAAUGCCGAGUUUGAGCUCAAGGAUGGCGACACGAUUGCCUUUGUCGACUUGCCGAGCACCCUCAAGGAGACAUGGAGGCAUACCGACUGCGACGGGGUGCCCUUUGCCAGGACUCAAAAGUUCCGCGUCCACUCCGAGAGGCUCUUGGCGACUGGGUCUUCCAAAUUCGCCGACAUGCUUGGCCCGACGUAUCAGUUUAGGAUACAGCGCCGGCGCAAGAUGGUCAACAAGAUGCCCCCCGGCGUCAAGUUCCUCGUCGACCUCACGCCCCCUUCCGAGGGCGACGAACUCGUCUUCCAAAUGACGGAGCUCUCCCUCACCCCCGGCAUCAUGAGCUGGUGGAGCUCCAGCAAGCUGCACGAUACAGACCCAAGCCUCGUCAGCGGCCAUGACGACGUUUGCUCGUGCCGACUUUCUAAACGCUCUUCUGUCGACGUCGAUAGCGACGAUGAGUUCUUGGGAGACCUGAAGCACGACAUCAAUGUCGCCAACGUUGCACCGCGCGAAUUUGAACAAACUGUUCAAGACGACAAAAAGCCAGAGAGCCAGCAGAUGAUGCCAGAUACUCUCCUGAGACUAAAGAACAGGGGGAAGACUGACCGCUAUAUGACGCCAGCGUUCCGGCAAGUACCCGACUAUUGCCCCGUGCGCCACCGCAACGCCAUAGUCCGCCUGCUGUUCAUUAUUGAGGGGCGAGAUGUGCUCAUCGAUUCGGCCAGCCGAGUCUGGACACUUCUUGGCCUUGCCAAGAUAUUUGACUGCAUCCACGUCGUCCGCGAUCUGAUUGUGCAGUGGUUCAUGCACGGGAACAACAUUCGAUUUAUCGAAGUGCUUCCCGAGGAGUCGCUUCGCAUUGGCUUCGCCCUCGAGAACAUGCAGAUUACCCAAAAUGCGUUUCGCAUUCUCGUCAACGAACUUGCCCUUCAAGAGGCGGCGAGUGACGGGUCUAAACCAGCGUCACCCCGCACGACGAUUUUCGGACGAAGAACGGGAGACUGUACCGACGAACACUCCAACCUCAUACAGCAUGCCGCGCGGACACUGGUCGAUAGAAUUUCGACGCUCAAAAAUGAGCUACAGAGCCCGGACCUGUUCAACAUAUGGCACAUUGAGGAAUGGGACAAGCUGCGAAGGCUUGAAGCCAUCCUCGCCAAGGGGGAAAGCCUCUCAUGCGCCAUGGCCCUGACCAGGUUGCGGACACUUAUGGAGGCUCUGCCCACUGCCGUGACUGAAAUUGUGCGGCAGAUUCUAUCAGACCCCAUCACAGAAAAGCGCUAUACGUUCUGGAACAUGGACGUGGACCGGGCAACCUACAUGCUGCCACAGGACUUUGAAGGCCUUGAAACGAUAGUCCCGCGCUUUAACGACACCCAGAAGCUGCUGUGCCCGUUUUUCUACAACGACCUCGGCGAGCGAUGCAGCUGGCAUCUAUAUCUUGGGGCUCACCCAAGGAAGAGCCGCGUCCCAUUUCAGUCUCUGGUCAAGGAGCUUGACAAGGCUCUCGAAAAUGUCUCCCGCGAACAGCCUGCCAUUAUGCGCAGCCCUGAAUGCGCCGAAUUUGUCCGGGCAUACGAUACCUCCGCCAGAUUAAUGGUCUACCAUUUCAUCACCGUGGUGGAUCUGGAUCGUUUGGACUGGCAAGUUAAGGACGCUCUACAGCCCAUAACCGUGUCCUGGAUACGCCACGACGUCGACCCGCCGCUGAAUCUCACUCGCCACAUGCUUCUGACAUUAUCGAUGAACGAAAUGAAGUUUCUGCCGCUGUGGGCGGGCGGAUUCGACGACGGCACUGGAGGCGUAUUUGAGAGCUAUGUUCCCCCGACUGACAUGGGGCCAAACGGGCCAGGGCCAUCGUACCAUACGGGGUACACUUUGCCGUCCGCCCCGGCAAGCAUAUCGGAAUCCAUGAUUGAGGAGAUGUCCGCCAUGAGGUUCAAGGGGAGCACCACGGCGGGGUCAGUCGAUGUUCACGACAGCAUCUCGACCGUGUACCGGCCCGACAAGGUCAUCGCCGACGACGUCUCCAUCGCGACCGAGUCGUUUACGAUGGCUGGCUCGGAGUACCAACAGGCGCGGUUUGCGGUGCCGGCGGCGCACCAGGGACCGGGGCAGGUCCUCGAGAUGAUGGUCGACUCGGACGCGGACACGGACGCCUCCUGCACGCUCGAUGGCGAAUCGGUCGCCGGGGGCGCGAGGGGCAGACGAGACGACACUGUGGGGCCGUACAGCGAGGAUAGCGACAGCGAGGGCAGCCUGGUGGUGGUUUGA